ACUGACUGUGUUCUGUGAUUUGUCUGCGGAUGAGGACCUGUUCCUGGGAAAGGGAGAUCUGCAGUUUGAUGUAUACCGGAGGAUGCGAGAGGAGAACCGGAACGGAUGGUCUCGGUACGCGCCGCACUCCAAUGUCUUGUGGCUUCAUUACUUGUGUGACAAACUGCUGAGUGAGGUCCAGUAUGUGAGGAAGCCGACGUCGGCAACGUACCAGAAGGAGCUCCGCAAGCUGCGCGAUUUCAGAAGAGAAGUGCGUCAGUUCAACUCGGCCACUGACAUCCUGCAGAGAAACAAACUCUUCCACUGACCCCACCA